ACAACAAGCCUCUUGGUUUUCCUUUUCUCUUGGGACUUCUACACCUUCUCUCUCCUCCAAGAAAAUUUUAUCUCAAUUUUCUCUUUCUUUUUCUGUCUGAAAGUUCUUGAAGUUUUGUAUCAAGGCUCCGGACACACUAUAUAUAAUAAAAGACAUUUUUCUGUAAAGCUCGUUCACUAGCUGCUCUAUGCACUUGUUGUGUGUUGUGCAGUUCUGAAUUAUGCAAGUAACUAGUCCAGAGUGAUACAUGGUUUAGCAUAAAAGAAAUUGUCACACAGUCAUGAAGUUUAUGAAACUGGGAUCUCGUCCAGAUACCUUCUACACUGCAGAGUGUGUAAGGACAGUGGCUUCUGAAGUUUCAAGUGACCUCAUAAUUCAAGUAAAAGCAACUAGAUAUCUUCUUCACAAGGUGUGCUAGAAACUCUUUCAAUUUCCCCUCCUAUCCAAAUGUUUACGCCUGCAAAGGUUGUGCUCACAGAGUCCUGAUUCUCCUCAGCAUCAAAUAGUACAACUCCCUGAUUUUCCUGGUGGGGUUGAAGCAUUUGAGUUGUGUGCUAAGUUCUGCUAUGGUAUUACCAUCACUCUUAGUGCUUACAACAUUGUAGCUGUAAGAUGUGCUGCUGAGUACUUGCAGAUGAGUGAAGAUGUUGAGAAGGGGAACUUAAUUUACAAGCUUGAGGUUUUCUUUAACUCUUGCAUCCUUCAUGGUUGGAAGGACUCAAUUGUGACUCUACAAACCACAAAAGCGUUGCCUUUGUGGUCAGAGGACUUGGCAAUUGCCAGCAGAUGCAUUGAAACUAUUGCCUCAAAGGUCUUAAGCCACCCCUCAAAGGUGAGUUUGUCACAUAGUCAUUCCAGGAGGAUAAGGGAUGAUGUGUCUUCUUGCAAUGGAACUGAAAGUCUUAGACAUAAAUCAACAAGUAAGGGAUGGUGGGCUGAAGAUUUGGCAGAAUUGAGCAUAGACUUGUAUUGGAGAACCAUGAUAGCUAUCAAAUCUGGUGGCAAGACACCCUCAAAUCUCAUUGGUGAUGCAUUGAAAAUUUAUGCAUCUAGGUGGCUACCAAAUAUUAGGAAGAAUGGGCAUGUCAAGAAGGAAAUUGAAUCUGAUUCAGAUUCAGAUUCAGCAAGCGAAAUAACUACGAAGCAUCGUUUGCUUUUGGAGUCAAUAGUGACCUUGCUUCCAUCUGAGAAAGGUUCUGUUUCUUGCAGCUUCCUUCUUAAACUCUUGAAGGUAGCCAAUAUUCUUAAUGCUUCUGCUUCUUCAAAGGUGGAACUCGCUAGAAGAGUAGGACUUCAGUUGGAGGAAGCCACAGUGAAUGAUCUUUUGAUACCCUCAGUGUCAAACACCAAAGAUAUGUUAUAUGAAGUGGACUUGGUGAUGACAAUAUUGGAGCAAUUUACGUUGCAAGGUCAGAGUCCACCAACUAGCCCUCCGAGAUCAAGGUUGGCCUUUGAAAGGAGGAGGUCUCGUUCAGCAGAGAAUAUUAACUUUGAAUUCCAAGAAAGUAGGAGAUCUUCCUCAGCAUCUCAUAGCUCAAAACUGAAGGUGGCUAAGCUUGUGGAUAGGUACCUUCAAGAGGUUGCCAAGGAUGUGAAUUUGCCUCUGUGCAAAUUCAUUGCUCUCGCUGAAAGUAUUCCAGAAUUUGCAAGACAUGAUCAUGAUGAUCUCUACAGAGCUAUUGACACUUAUCUCAAGGCUCAUCCAGAACUCAACAAGAGCGAAAGGAAAAGGCUAUGUCGAAUUCUAGAUUGCAAAAAGCUCUCUGUAGAGGCGUGCAUGCAUGCAGCACAAAACGAGCUACUCCCUCUAAGAGUAGUUGUACAAGUUCUCUUCUUUGAGCAAGCACGAGCAGCAGCAUCUGGUGGCAAAGUAACUGACAUGCCAAGCAACUUCAAGGCAUUGCUCACUGCUCAUGGCAUUGACCCAUCAAAACACACAGCACCAUUGAGCACCACAACAAGUAUACAUGCUGAUGACAAUUGGAGUGUUUCUGGUUUCAAGUCACCAAAAAUGAAGCUAGCUGAAGAUGACUUGGAUGAAAGUGAUGUGCCUCGUGAUGAAAUUGGUAGAACUUCUAGAUUUAAGGGUCUUCGUGCUCUUCCUACUCAGCCCAAACGAAUGCUGAGUAGAUUGUGGUCUAACAACAGAAGUGCCAAUGAAAAAAAUUAAGUGAAUUUUUUCGAUUUUUCAUGUGGGGGAUGAAAAUUUAGAGGGUAACAUAUACUAUAUUUUUCUCUUUUGCCAAAGGUCUUGUAACUUCUAGUAGGGAAAAUCAAUGAAUCUAAAUGUGCAUUGUUCAUGUAACCUAUAAUAAUAAGAAAUGAGAUUUUUCACGAGGGGAAAUCUCUUCGGUAAAUCACAGAUGUGAAAAGACGUAACGUAGGACCAAUGGUACCGUGUUUGUCUACGAAUCUGAAACACCUGGCUAUGUUCAUAUGCAGUAGUUCACUUCAUUGGGACCUGAUUUUGUUGACAAAAUUUAUUAUUUGUAUUUGCAUGCUUCUGAAAUAAAGCAAUUAAUAAUGUAAUAGCAGAUUAUGUUUAUCAUAA